AUGACUUCCACUUCCAUAGGAGAGGCGUUUCAACGCCUUCCGCGGCCGCAAGUGCCUACUGCGGUGGCACUUAUGGAACGAUCCUUGAAAAAAGCAAAGGAGCCAACUACUGGUGUCACACACAACCCAUGGGAGACUUUGUCACAUCUAGGAGAUCUGACGCAAGGAAAACAUAAGCUGUCACUUUGCCUUCAAGAGGGACAAUUGGUGAUUAUCAAGGAGGUCAAUCGUGAAGCUGGCCAUGCGGAGUUAGAAAAACUGAAAAAAAUAUCUGAUCAUCCAAAUGUGGCCACAAUCAAGCAGGUUUUUGAGUCAAAGACCUCAGUGCUCUUUCAAUAUGAGUACACCCGCUUUACCCUAGAGGAGGUACUAAAUGUUCACACCGUCCUCAAAGAGUCUCACAUACGAUUGAUAGCAAGUGCAAUAUUCCUUGCCAUAAAGCAUGUUGCUAAAGCCGGCAUUGUCCACAACUCUGUCUCAAUAAGCACGAUACGUUUCUGCGGAAGGAGUGGAAAACCACAACUUUCAGACUUCGAGGACUGUGUCUGGAUAAGCACUGAACUUACGCCAAAUGCCGAUUUGGAGCAACUUGGCGUCGCAGUCCUGGAAUGCAUGAAUGGACUCCCGAACGAGAACUUGCGAGAUCUUUCUUUCAUCCGCAAACAAAGGGAAUCCAAUAAGAUGUUUGGACUAAGUAAAGGAGAGAAGUGGAGUGGUUACAAACUUCUUGUGGACUUUCUGGAUAGCAUGUUCAAUAGAGCGAUACCCGCCCUCGCCAAGCUCGAGAAGCCUCAUCGGUACAUCGCGCGCGAUCCCAACUUCAGCGACCUGAUACCGUUUCUUGAAUUGGUUCCGUUGGAAUGCUUAUCACUUUGGCGCCCAAGUGUGGCGGAGUCGUAG